UUACCACCAGUGUUAACUAAUCAAAGUGUCUCGAUUAAAAUGAUUACAAUUAUUUUCGCCUUUCACUCGCACUAAUUACGUCAUCUAGUGGUGAAAACAUCUCCCAUUUCCUCAUUCAUAACCUUAAAUAUGAUUCUAACGCUGUUACUCACUUCAAUGUUUGUAAAUAAGUAUCGAAUCGACGUGCUGGCUUUUUACCGAUUGCUCAUUGCGCGUUAAUUGCAGAAAUGAGUAAUUGAUGUUUGAGGUAACGGGAGUUGCUCCGGAUUUUGUGCUUUUUCGAAUUUGUGGCCUUUUUUCGGUGUGAUUUCAUUUUUCUUUAGAGGAGUGUUGGGGAUUCCUUGGAGAUUUUUGUGUCAAUGAUUUUUACGGAUGAGUGCUCUUAUCAAGAUUACGUGGAAAUUGAAAUAAUGAGGGGCGGGGGAGAGGGAGUGAAGUGAUAGUUGUUUAGAAGAAGGUGUGGUCUGUUUUUUAUGGUUUUUGGAGAAUUUCGGAGGGUGGCACAGAUACUCCAAGAAUCAUGUAACCACACUCUGCCAUGAGUGGCCAAGACCUUCAAGAGCACUCUUACGUGAAGGUGCUCUACGACUUCCAGUACAAAACCGCAGAAGGUCGUGAGAUCUCUAUUAAGAAAAAUGAGCGUCUCUACCUUCUCCAGAAGACAAAUGCAGAUUGGUGGCAGGUGGUGCGGACCUGGGAGCAGCGUUCGUUCUACGUUCCGGCAACGUACGUCCGGGAAAUCUCCAAAAUCACUCGCAAAAAUUCAGACGAGGAUCGCGAUGGCAGCUUUGAGCCUCCAGAUCAUCCAAAAUACAAGAGUAUGCCAAAGGAGAGUCACUCAAGUGCCAUGAAAAACGUUAAAAAAUGGCUAGUAAGCGCAAUGGAUACUAAGCAAGAAUCCUCGAAGCAGUCCUUCAUCGACGACUCCUACAAGCACAACGCCAUGGAUUACCAAUCCCGUGCUGAGUUAAAAGUGGGUUUAGCAGCUAUCAAAUCAAAAUCUCUGGAGCGCGAUCGAAAAUAUGGACAGAGUUUUGAUGAGACAUCCAGAGAAUCCACGAGAGAGCGAAAAAAAUCCAAAGAGGCUCUGAAAAAGCUACCCGAGGAGAGCGAGUCUCCAAAGCCGUUGACAAAAAGCUUCUCAACCAGUCCGAAAUCCUUUGAUAUUCCAUCCAGAAUGGAGAUGUCCCUCCAGGACCCUUUCCGAAAAGAACUCAAGAGUUCCCUCGACCGUCGACGCAAAAUCUCCGACAACACGGAUUACGAUAAACUGAUAAACCAAAAUCGAGAUGAAGCGAGAAACCGAAGGAUUCGAACUCGAUCAUCUCGAUCAGACGACUCCCAGAUCGACAGUGAUUUCGACGAUAAGUUCGACCGCAAGAGAUUUGAAAAACCCCAGAACACCGAAGACCCCAUCGUGAAAAAUAGAAACAGCAGAAGUCUAGAGUUAGAAGCCCAUCAGUUCCAGAGGACAGAGAGAAGUCUGAGUCCAAAACCCACGUAUGGAAGACAGCUGACUAUAGCUGGACAAAUACCUUCUGAUAACGACGAGGAUGACCACAGAAUUCUCAAUGACAAACGAAGAACAUGGGCUGUGGAAGAGCUAAUGUCAGAGUUGACUCAAAUGUGUAAAGAAAGGGGAAGCAAUAAGAAGCCAAACAUUCACCUCAAAAGCACUGAGAUAAAAACCUUUGAUCCUCACGACAAGCUGACACAGGAGCUCCACGAGAUGAAUCUUCUCAAGUCCGAGGGACACACACCAACAACCCCAGCUGACUUCAAGUCCUCCUCCCCCAUAAACAUCUGCAAAAUUUCCAUAAACUCUGAGGAUAGCAGUAUCGAGCACAAAAUGCCAACGGCUCCCCUCGAGGACGACGAGACCUCCAACAUCUCGGAGACCUCAGACACCUCACACAUCUCCACUGAAAAUUCACAAUCAAAACCCUCGAAGCUCCGUAAAAAGUCCUCUAAAUCAGCCUUCACCUUCAAAAAAACCGACACAAUAAUCUCAUCGAAACCAUCGAGAUCUCCAAAAUCCCCGAAGAUACUAGACGAGUACAAUGAGGCAAAUAUUCUCAACGACAUUUCCCCCGAUGAAUUGCUCGAUGACGCUCGAUCGUUAUCUCGAGAUAAGCCGCUGUCGAGUCACCACCCAGAGCCGAUUCACUCGAGCCCCGACAUUGAGAAGCCAUGUUACUCCAACAUCAAGCCCCAGAACCCAGAAAAAGUGAGAAUGCGUCCGAAAUUGAAAAUCAAACCAGUGGACUCUAGCAGCGAAUUGAAAUUGACACCUUCACUGGAGAAAUUGGCUAGUGAAAUAAAAUUCCAACCAGCAAAACGGAGUAGUGAGCUUGGAGACACAAAGAUGAGUGAGAGCUUGAGUGACGAGGGUCACUACGAUGACAGUGGAAUUCAGGAAGGUGUUGACAAGUCUGAUGACUCGUGGAGUCGACUGGAUCCCCCAGAGCCCAAGAAUUACGCUAAAUUCAGACACAAACUUGAGUACACAGGCAGCUUCAAGACGAAACGUGAGGGCAAGUACUUUCGACGAAGGGAGGAGGAUUCUGAUGUCGAUGAUGAUGAGGAGGAGAGCUGGAAAAGAGGACUCAAGAAGAGCUCGACGAUGCACUGUGCAACGAUACCUGAUGCCUAUCGUCGUUUCAGGAGGGACAGAGAUUUUAAUUCGCUGGCUUCAAUAUCGUUCAAGAGGAGGAGUCGAAGUCUCAGUGAUCUGAAGUGCUUGGAGGAGGAUGAGGAUGGUCCUCCUGAGGUAUUCAGUCCCAAGAAGGAGAUGGUAUGCAAGCCUGUGCCACUACCCAGGACUAAACUCCCGGCGAAAUUGGAUAAAAUGGAGGGGAAAGUGAUGCCUGUGCCAAGGAGAAUUCAAAAACGUGAGGACGUAUUUUCUGAGGAUGAUGUGUGGGUGCCGCGAACUGAUGGCUACAGGAAUGCUAAGAUUGCACCUGGGGAUAUUAAUAUCGAAUCAAGCACUGCCGUUGGGUUUAAGACGCUGCUCUGCACGUCUGACAGUGGAUCUGAUAAUUACUUGCAGUCGAAGGAGUUGUUGUCCAGUAAUGAUGGAUUGAAUGACACUCGAGAGGGCAGGGGCAACAGAAAAAUCAGUGCUGAGAGAAAGGAUAAGGCCCAGGGGAGGACCAGGGAGAGCCUUUCUGAUGAACUAGUGCUCAGUUCUAAUGCCAGCUCCGAAGCACUGCAGAGUCAAUCUGAAUCGGAAGUUACUGCUGCUUUCGAGGGCUCGUCACAGCCCAGUCCUGUUCAUCGUGGUGGAGAGGAUGGGUACGAGUGCACUAUCGAUCUGCCUCCUGGGUGGACACAGAAGUUUGAUGAUAUUACUGAACAGAUCUGCUUUGUUAAUGAGGCGGGGGAUAGGUGGUUUUCAUCAAACGAUGCAGAAGGUAAAAUCUACUUUUUCGAGGAGAACAGCAACGAAUCAUCCUGGGUCCUGCCGACAAUUUCCCCAGGGAAGUCCCACCCAAAGACAUCUUUCCAGAGUGAAGAAAAAAUUGAUCGUAACAGCGUAUCCAUGAACGAUGUAUCCCUGACGAAGAAUACAUCGAGUACAUCUCUUCCAGCAAGUCAGAGUCUCGCAAAUCGUGAUUUACCAUCGAAAAAAUCCGGCACAUCUCUGAGUGACUGGCCACAACUAUUCGAUGGCAACAUGAGAGUACUCAAGGAGGGUGCGAUAAGCCGAACAAAAAUAACGGAGAAUGGGAAGAAAUUGAGGAAGAACUGGAGUACCUCCUACGCCGUACUCACAGAAUUAUUUUUAUUAUUUUUCAAAGACGCCAAGACAUUUGCAACUGUGAUGAAGAGUGGCCAGUCAUCGGUGGUGGCUAAGCCCGAUAUAUCUGUUGACCUUAAUGGGGCGUUAAUUGAGCCCGGGGAGAGAGCUAGUAGCCGGAAAAAUGUUUAUAUGAUUAGCACUUUUCUGGGACUCCAAGUGCUUAUUCAAAGUGAUAAUACUGCAUUGGCUGCCGAAUGGUUCCAGGAGAUCCAUGGAGUCAUCAGGAAAUUGCCAUCCAGUUCCAAAUCGCAAGCAAAACCUUUUACCGGUGCAGCCCCGGAAAUGCGGAAAAUUAGUACCAACAAGUCCCCUGGAGAUUCCAAAGGGUCAGAGGAGUCGAAACGAUCAUCCAAGAUUGCUCGAUCGAGGUCUAUGAAGAUGAAGGGACUCGAUGACUCUCUGGAGGAUCUCAGUGGAACUGUUGCUGAGAGGCAGACGAAAAUCAAGGCAAAGUUACGGAGGUUCUUCCUGAGGCGUCCUACUGUUGAGUCUUUAGUUAAAAACGGAAUUUAUAAAGAUGAGCCAGCUUUUGGAUCGUAUCUUGCGGACGUGUGUCCACCCGAUCAUCCCCGUGUUCCCCUGUUCGUAAAAACCUGUAUCGAAGUACUGGAGAGUAACGAGGACAACAUGAAGACUGACGGAUUAUAUCGCGCGAGUGGUAAUUUGAGUCAAAUCCAAAAGAUUCGUCUUCAGGUGGAUCAAUACAACCUCAGUGUUCUGUCUCAAGAGGAGGAUGUCCACGUGCUGACAGGUGCCCUCAAACUAUUCUUUCGCGAAUUGAAAGAGCCCUUGAUACCAUCGAGCUUCUUCAAAGAGGCAUUAAAUGCCAGUAUGCUUAAGAAAACAUCAGCCAAGAUUCAGUGUUUUCGUGAAAUUGUUAAAGCUUUACCACCACCCAAUUACGAUACACUUCAAUUUCUAUUGAAACAUCUUCUGAAGGUCACAUCUUAUCAGGAGUACAACAGAAUGCAUAUACCAAAUUUGGCUAUUGUAUUUGGUCCAACGCUGAUGUGGCCAGCUGAGGAGAGUGCAAAUAUGGCUUUAGAUCUUAUGCAACAGAAUUUAGUUAUCGAAUGCCUUUUGUCCGAGUACAAUAAGAUAUUCAAAUAGAUUUUAAAAAAUUUAACGAAAUAAAUGAAAUUAUUUAUUUUUAGAUGAUCGCUGGUUGAUUGAACGUGAAAGUAUGAUUAAAACAUUCAUUUCUUUCAGUGAUUUUCAUCGAGAGGAGUAGAGAAAUUCUCGUAUUAUUUUUUCUUAAUACUCUGACAAUUUCUGUUAUGAGAAUUACUCAAAAAUAUAGUGAAUUGUUUCGUCACCUCCUUUCUUCUUUGAUUAUAAGAAUUGGGGGGAAUAAUGAUGAUUGCUACUCAUAAGAAGACUAUUUUCGAAAUUUCAAACGAAAAAUUAAAUUUUUUAUAAGACCUCUUUGCUCCACUUGGUUGAAAAAAAUUCCAAUUUGUUUCGUUUUUUUUUAAAUAAAAAUCAUUCCAAUUCCAAAAAAAAAACUCCCUAUAUUGAGUGUUGCUCGAAAGUGAAGUAUUUUUCGAGAUUAAAGAUUUAAAAAGGAUUAUAAUUACUCGAAUGGAAGUGAUGAACUAUCGAAUCGCCCAAUUCGUUCAAAUUUAGCGUAUUCCUGAUUUCACUAUCGGAAUUCCUACGAAACUUACAAAAAUGAUAACUUAUGCACAAAAAUUAUAAAAUUAAUUUUUUUAUCUAGAUGAAAAGAUAAAAAAUGGAUAUAUUUGAAGAAUAAUUGUGAAUACACGUUAACAACUCGAUUGUAAUUUAUGUAAAUAUCUGAUUAAAAAAUAUUUUAUUGUUAGACUAUUGAAAUCUUGUGAGGCAUGAAUUUUAAUU